AUGACUACGUUUAUUGGCUCUCUGUUUAUUUUUAUGGAUGUCCUAUUAUAUGCAAAAUUGAACUAUUGCAUCGAAAUAGAUUUGUGCGUACCUGUUCGAUUAGACCAUAAACAUUUAGAAAGACAUACCAUUCGACAGACGGAGGAGAGAAAGAAUGACCAACUAGUUGUUUUUAAAAUAACGGCUUUCAGUCAAGAAUUUUAUCUCAACCUUUUACCGGAUUCUACAUUUAUUGCGCCCAACAUCCCUCCUCACAGCGGCUCCUUAGCAUCAACUUCCUCUGCAACCACAGACCUGAGCCACUGCUUCUACUCUGGCGAUGUCAAUGCAGACCAGGAAUCGUAUGCUGCGCUGAGCCUCUGCAAAGGCUUACAAGGCGUCUUUUCUUACCAGGGCAUGGAAUAUUUCAUCAAUCAGCUUCCGAACGAGAGGGCAGGAAGUGUACAUACAGUGAAUACUGAGAGAAGAACCCACGUCAUACGCCGCCGGGGACGCGACAGGGACUCCAGCGGCAAUUCCACCACGAACAGGUGUGGAGUAGGACCUGGUUUGACCCAAAGCAUUUCAGGGUCUUUUGAGAAAUAUAAACACAUGAAAGGACUGGAAAUGGACAGCCUGACUGAAACUGUAUUGAAGAGCUUGGGUAGAUCAAAAAGGUUUGCCUCCAUCCCUAGGUUUGUGGAGGUUCUUGUCGUGGCUGAUGAGUCUAUGGCCAAAUUUCACGGGGAUGACUUGAAACAUUACCUGUUGACCCUGAUGUCUGUUGCUGCGAAGCUGUACAAGCACCCCAGCAUCAUGAACUCCAUAAACAUAGUGGUGGUGGGCUUCAUGGUGAUCAACGAAGCAGAGAAAGGACCCAAGGUUUCCACCAAUGCUGCCCUCACUCUGCGCAGUUUCUGUUCUUGGCAGAAACAUUUAAACAAAUACAAUGACAAGCACCCUGAAUAUUGGGACACUGCAAUCCUAUUCACCAAACAGGACUUGUGUGGAGCCACAACCUGUGACACCUUAGGCAUGGCAGAUGUGGGCACUAUGUGUGAUCCCAAGAGAAGCUGCUCUGUCAUCGAGGAUGACGGUCUCCCUUCGGCCUUCACCACUGCUCAUGAACUGGGCCAUGUCUUCAACAUGCCCCAUGACAAUGUGAACGCCUGCAAGGAGGUGUUUGGGAAGCUCAAGGACAACCACAUGAUGUCCCCCACGCUGAUCCAGAUCGACCGUGCCAACCCCUGGUCUGUGUGCAGCGCAGCCAUCAUUACAGACUUCCUGGACAGAGGCCACGGGGACUGUCUUCUGGAUCAGCCCCAAAAGCUGCUGGCUCUGCCUGAGAGCCUCCCAGGCACCAACUACAGCCUCCACCGCCAGUGUGAGCUGGCCUUCGGUACAGGCUCCAAGCCCUGUCCCUACAUGCAGCACUGCUCCAAGCUGUGGUGCACGGGCAAGGCCAGAGGCCAGCUGGUCUGCCAGACACGUCAUUUCCCCUGGGCCGAUGGCACCAGCUGUGGCAACAGUAAGCUCUGCUUCCGAGGGGUGUGCACCGACAAGAACAACACCAAUAAGACCAAGGUGGACGGUGGAUGGGGGACGUGGGGUGUGUAUGGGUCGUGUUCCAGAACCUGUGGGGGAGGAGUUCAGCUGGCCAAAAGAGACUGUAACAACCCAGUUCCAGAAUAUGGGGGGAAAUACUGCCAAGGACUCCGUGUGAAGCAUCGCUCCUGCAAUUUGGACGCCUGCCCAGAAUCAGGCAAAAGCUUCCGCGAGGAGCAGUGCGAGGCGUUCAACGGAUUCAGCCUCAACACCAACAGGCUCUCAGCGUCUGUGGUGUGGGUCCCGAAAUAUUCUGGCGUGUCACCCAAGGACAAGUGCAAGCUCAUCUGCAGAGCCAAUGGAACAGGCUACUUCUAUGUCCUUGCUCCAAAGGUUGUUGAUGGAACACCCUGUUCUCCCGACACCUCUGCAGUGUGUGUCCAAGGGAAAUGUAUCAAGGCGGGCUGCGACGGCAAGCUCAGCUCCAAUAAGAGGUAUGACAAGUGUGGUGUGUGUGGAGGGGACAACCAAAGCUGCAAGAAAGUGUCCGGAUUGUUCACCAAACCCAUGCAUGGCUACAACUUUGUGGUGAUGUUGCCUGUGGGAGCGUCCAACAUCGACAUCCGGCAGCGUGGCUACAGAGGCUUGGUUAACGACGACAACUACCUAGCGGUGAAGAACCGACAUGGCAAAUACCUUCUGAACGGGAACUACGUGGUGUCAGCGGUGGAGCGGGACAUCAUUGUGAAGGGCAGCCUGCUGCGCUACAGUGGCACCACUAGUGCUGUGGAGAUCCUCCAGGCCACCAGGCCUCUCCAGGAAGCCCUGACUGUGGAGGUCCUCUCAGUGGGGAAGAUGACCCCUCCCCGGAUCCGCUAUUCAUUCUACCUGGCCCGGGAGCACCACAAGGAGGAGAACAUCCUGAAGAAAAUGGAGAGGAGCCACUCGCAGAACAGCGUCCUGAUGGACCGCAACAAGGUGAAGCUGAAGGAGUCGUCGCACAAGUCCAUGCCCCCAAACAUGUGGUCGACGGGGGCAUGGGAAGAGUGCACCGUGACCUGUGGGAACGGGCUCCAGAGUAGACGGGUUCAGUGUACGGACCCAGAGGGCAAAACAGCCACGGACUGUGACAGCUUACAGAGGCCGGCUGCCACCAGGGUAUGUGGGGACCCCUGUCCCAUCUGGGACAUAGGCCAGUGGUCUUUGUGCUCCAAGACAUGUGGGAGGGGCUUCAAGCGGCGGCCGCUGCGUUGCACCACUCAGACUGGCAUGCACCUACCCAGAGAGCACUGUUCUGGCAUGAAGAAGCCACAGGAACUAGAUUUCUGCACAGUGCAGCCGUGUUAG